CUCCUCACAAGUUCUACAUCGGGUUUCGGUACGUGAACCCGCUGACGGAGGAGGCCAUCGAGGAGAUGGAGAAGGACGGAGUGGAGCGAGCCGUGGCCUUCACUCAGUACCCUCAGUACAGCUGCUCCACCACAGGUGGGACCCAUGGCCUGGCUCGGCCCGCAGACCGACGAGGUCAUCAAAGGUCUGUGUGAGCGAGGGAAGAAGAACAUCCUGCUGGUCCCCAUCGCCUUCACCUCGGACCACAUCGAGACCCUCCACGAGCUGGACAUCGAGUACGCCCAGGUCCUGGGAGAGGAGUGUGGAGUGGAGAACAUCAGGAGAGCCGAGUCUCUGAACGGGAACCCUCUCUUCAUGAAGGCGCUGGCGGACCUGGUCCAGUCCCACCUGAAGUCCAACGAGCCGUGCUCCCGGCAGCUGACCCUGCGCUGCCCGCUCUGCACCAACCCCACCUGUGAGGAGACCAAGUCCUUCUUCACCAACCAGAAGCUCUGAGUCCCACAGAGACCUGGUGUUUUUUAAAGACCUGCUGGAGACUGAAGGCCUUUGGGACCUGACAGGAUCCACAGACCGGACCCAACAGAUGCUUCACUGCUCCUGAAACUUUUCCACAUUUUCUCUGAUUCUGUUCUCCGGCUCCUUCGAGACGCUUCUUCUUCUCUGGUUGGUGACAAACGGCGUCCUCAGGGGGUCCAGACCGGCCCUCGGCUUCUUUUCAUCUGCUGGUUCUUCUUCUGCUGAUGAUUUAACCCCUCGUCUGACCCCCCUACCCCCAUUACACUAAAGUCUCGCCACGAAAAACAUCAUGUUCUGGAGUCUAAACUAUUUAUUUAACUCUUUCUGUUGUAAACAUCUGAACUUUAAAUGUGAAGAGAAGCUUUAGCUAAAGCUGGACGCUAGCUUAGAGGGUUUGGCUAAGGCUUCAUGCUAACUAAGAUGGUUUAGCUAAGGCUGGGUGCUAGCUGAGCAGGUUAGCUAAGGCUAGAUGCUAGCUGAGAAGGUUUAGCUAAGGCUAGAUGCUAGCUGAGAAGGUUUAGCUAAGGCUAGAUGCUAGCUGAGAAAGUUUAGCUAAGGCUGGAUGCUAGCAGAAAAGGUUUAGCUUACGCUAGGUGCUAGCUGAAAAGGUUCAGCUUACGCUAGGUGCUAGCUGAAAAGGUUUAGCUUCAUUUGAUUUGAUUUAAAAUAUUGUUAAAAUAUUGUUGAUUCUCCGUCUGUCAGAUAUUUUCAGAAUUAUUUAUAAAAAAAUGUUGGCAGGAAGUGGAUGUAUUUAAUUUUUUUUAAUYUUUUUGAUUUGUUACGAUACAAAAAUGUGCCUUUUUACACAGGACGAACAGAAACACUGGAUUUGUGCUUUACGUUAAAAAAAACGUUAACAAAAAAUAAAUCUUCUGGGACCUGGGCCGUAAAUCAGCUGUAACUUUUAAAUUCAGGAAAAAAAGGUUUGCAAUGGCGAGAUGAGUGAAAGGAUUUAGCUAAGGCUGCAAGCUAACCAAAAGGGUUUUAGCUAAGGCUACGUGCUAACCAAAACAUUUAGCUAAAGCUGCACGCUAACCAAAAAUGGUUUAGCUAAGGCUGCACGCUAACUAGCUAACAAGUUGUAGGAUUCUUGCUAACAGGAACUGUUUAGCUAAAACAGCAGGCUAAGUGACGAUGUUUAGCUUGGGGAAAUGGCUUAAAUUAGGUAGKUGAUUGGCUAACUAGCAAGUAGCAUUGUUCUAUGUUGUAUCUUUUAUAGACAUCAGUUAGUAGCUACUUAUUUUAUUUAUAUAUGAAGCUCACAGUGUUUCUAAGCUAAAUGCUUUCAGUAAGCUAAUCUGUAACCUUUGUGAUUAACUUAAACAAAAGUCUGUGAAGCUGAAAUGAUUUGAUAUGAUGAUGUUUGCUAAAAGGCCUUUUUCUUGGGAAGGUGUCAGAAUAUUCAACUUUGGCUUAAGUGAUUGCUAAUGGGUGCUAGUUAGCAUGUUAGCAUGGUUUGGAUGUUUAAAUACCACUUCGACUUUUUAUUGACUCAGGCUUUAGUUUUAGAAAACAGUGACAUGUUUCAGCCACUAAAUGUCGUUUACUUUAUAAAUCAUAUUUUAUUUUUUAUUUUUUUCCAUAAAACUUCCAGGAUGUGAGGCGUUCGGGGUAAAGUUUCACUUCUCAGUGCUCUUCCAGAGGGUUUAAAGGGAUGCUUUGAAACUAGUUUAGGUUUGAGUCAGAUUGUACAGAACUGGACUAACGUCUUCAGUCACCUUCAUUUUUUUAUACGUCAUGAAGAAAAUCUAGAUUCUGUGUUGAGUUGAAUAAAUAACAGGUUCAUCCUGUGAGUUUAGCUGCCUUACAGCCUGAAUUUUUAUUCAAGAACACACAUUUUUUGAGAAACUGGCACUUUGGAAACCAAACAAAUACAUGAAGUGUAGCUCAAAACGUUAGCGCUGAAUGUUUAAUGUGAAUAACCCAUUGUGUUAGUAAAAUAAUGGGGGCCUUUUCCUUCAUUCAGCAGAUCUUAACAUUAAAAUUAAAAUGCCUCCAGAUCAAAUUAGUUCUCUUUAAAAACAUUUUAUUAUUUGUAGAAAGGGUUCAAGUCGCAACAAAAGAUGUAUUAAUCUUUAAUAAUAAAUGUUUCCUCAUUUAUUAUCUUUUUUUUUUUUUUGUUAAAAUGUUGAGUUCGAGUCCAACAACAGUGUAACUUACAGUUUCAUUGUGUUUUCUGAUUUAUUUUGUGAGUUUGUUUCAGGUCAUAAACAUGAUUUCUGGAGUUGAUUCUUGUACCUCAGCACCAUUUAAAUAACUGAAAACUUAACAGGUGUUUGUUUUUUAACUGGUGAAAAUAUCUGUAGGCUUGGGGUCAAAAACUGCAGUAACAUGUGAUGAUAAGUCUUCCUUUGAAAUAAAAUCUCUUAAAAACAC